AUGUCUGCCAUACCAGAAGAAGGCUCCUGCAUCAACUUCAAGGAAAUGAUGCUUAUUGACAACACACUUUACUUUAUGCCUGAAGAUGAUGGAGACCUGGAAUCUGACCACUUUGGCAGGCUUCACCCUACAACCACAAUCAUACGGAAUAUCAAUGAGCAAGUCCUCUUCAUUGACAGAGGAAAAUGGCCACUGUUUGAGGAUAUGACUGACGCUGAGAUAGGGGCGAAUGGCCCCCAGACCAGGCUGGUAAUAUACGUGUAUAAAGAUGAUGAGAGAAGGGGGCUGGCUGUGGCCCUCUCCGUGAAGGACAAAACAGUGUCAACUCUCUCCUGCAAGAACAAGAUCAUUUCCUUCGAGGAAAUGAGUCCACCUGAAGAAAUUGAUGAUACAGAGAGUGAUCUCAUAUUCUUUCAGAAACGUGUUCCAGGGCAUGAUAAAAUGCAAUUUGAAUCUUCGCUGUACAAAGGACACUUUCUAGCUUGCCAAAAGGAAGAUGAUGCUUUCAAACUCAUUCUGAAAAAGAAGGAUGACAGGGGGGAUAAAUCUGUAAUGUUCACUGUUACCAACUUACCUCAAAAUUAGGUAUUAAGGUCUUUGUGUUCCAGAAAGAUG